AUGUCGUCGCUUCAGGAUGCUUGGGGGAACUUUCAGGGAGGCGUGAAGUCGGCGUUGAACCAGUGGACAGCGCUGAGGCUUGCCGUGGAAAACAACUGGGGAGGAGGAGACUCGGAGCGCAAAGCGGCCCUUCUCGAGGAGGGUGUGAUGAACAUGUUCAAGACUAAGAAGGAGAUAUACAAGGACGAGGUGGAAAACUUCCUUGCUGACUUCCUUGACGACAACUUCAGUACCUACGCGGAGGAUGACAGUCCGGCACAGGUGGCCAUGAUGCUGGUGGAGAUGUUCUCGCAAUGCGGCCGUCUGGACUACACGCUCGCCAACGCUGUUCGAGCAGAGGAACAACGCCUCCUCGCGAAGGAAGCCGCCUCAGCCUCACCCGGUAGCGGAAAGAAACCGUCGUCGGCCGUGGCGAGCAGCAUGGCAGUAAAAAGCCCCGGAGCAGAAGAGGACGACAGCAGUAGUAGUGACGAGGACGAAGAUAUGGGCGGGGAAGGGGGGGUUGAGGGUGAGGGGGCGGCGGGAGGGGUAGACGCGGAUGGGUGGGCAACAGUCACCGGAAAGAAGGCUGGGAGAGGGGGACGACGGUAG